AUGAAGAACAGAAACCCAUCCUGGGGAUCCGUCAGGUCCAAAUUGACGCAGGAGGGGUACAUGUACAGGAUGAAGCUCGGAAAUCCGGCGGCAAGUGCCAGCAGCCAGUCUGCGCACCGCCGCCACUCUUCAUCGGCUUCGUCGUCGUCGACUCAUGCACAGCCUUCUCAUCCCGUGGAGUCGAUGCCACCCAGGUCUGCUGCAAACGAGACAGUCGCAGACGGGGGCAGUGCUGCCUUCCAAACUGUCGUCGAUCUCCUGGAACAUUGGAACCUUGGUGACAGCCUCAGGAUGGACCACGAGUUGGAUCCAAAUGCGACAUUCGAAUUCUUGUUCCAGUGUUAUGCUCCUUUUGCCAUCCACCGCCGACACAGAACAAUCCUCUUUGAGCCUGGCGACUUCCUCGACGGAGUCAUGUUCCAAGAUCGUAUGGUCGCAAACGCUGUGCUCGUUUGGGCGGCAGACAUGCGAGAGCGAUUCGGGCCGGGAACGCAGAGUACAAGCGAUAUGCUUUUAUCACAGCGAAACGACGUUAUCCGAGAGCUCCGCGAGAGGAUCUCUUCGACGGAGACAUGUGCCUCUGAUGCUGUUAUGAUGACAAUUCUUCUGCUGGUUGGGACUGAGCUUCUCCACGACAACAUCGAUGCGAUGGGGACUCAUCUUGGGGCCUUACGGCACAUCAUCCAACUUCGGGGCGGAAUGGACAGCCCAUCGUUGAGCAGAUGGGUAAAGAUUCCACUUCUCCAGUUCGAAAACUUCUUGAACUACCGACACUUUGACCAUAUUAAGAGAUCCAGCUUCGAGGAUGCGUCGCAGGUAGCGGAAGCAUCUCACCCCCAACCUCUGCCGGUAUCCCGUGCUCGGCUGGACAAGUUACCCCCGGGGUUCUCAGAACUGUUCUGCAGCACUCCUAUCAAGAUGCCGCUCCUGAAUCUCGUGGAAAGAAUGUCCCUGUGGACUCUGCAGGUUGCCGACCUUCCCGAGGCAGGAGGAAAUGGGGACCAGACCGCAGCAGUGGUGCAUGCAAUGACGUUGGAUGCAUUUCGGGCAUUUGACCUGCUCCAACAGGACCAGCUCGAGGAGAAGGAGCGGUUGCUGGUGAUUGGCCUGUUUUCCUUUUGCAUCUUCAUGAACGGUGAGGCGAUCUACUCGGUGAUGGAAUGGGCUCAACGACUUCAUUGUAUGACCCUAGUUGGCAAGCCUAUUGCCCCAAUCGGGAAUGAAUGUCGCCCGAGCAUGAUCUGGGUCGCGGCCAUGUUGAUGGCGACGGGAGGAGAGGGAUCUCCAGCGUGGCAGUUGGGAGGGCAAAUCAUGAGUGCGUGCAGUGGUGCGAGUGCUGGCUUACAGGCCAUACUCCAAACAAGUCAGAGAUAUUUUUGGGAUCAACAACUGACCAUGAGACUGACUGGCGGCACGGUUGGAAGCAUGCAUGGCAAUCUCUUCGGAGAUGGGGUAUGA